AUGGCGUUCCCGGUCAAAAAAGCUUCUGCAUCAAGUGACAGUGAUGAAAGAUUUCGUCGGUCGUCCAUACUGCCCUCUUUACCGUUAUUAGCAAGCGCUCCCAGCAUACAAAAAUUAUCCCUUAAGCACCUACCGACAAUUGAUUCCAAGCGAUUUAUGCAUGUGCUUGAUAACACGGUUACCCGCGUUUUGUUGGUCUCCUCAUUUCCGCAAAUAUGCAGUAACGUACAAUGGGGACAUCAGAUCAGUAAUGCUGAAAUAUGCCAGACGGUUUUCGGGAAAGCUCAUCCCACCUCGAUAGAUCAGUUGGUCACAUUCCACGGAUUAUCCAUGUGCUUCGUAUACCAGAGGAUCUUUUGUUUCGUGAAGUCCUCUUCGCCUAAACUUGUACGGAGAAGACCCAGAGUUGGUCAGUCCAUGACCUGGCAACGAAGCGUAAAGACCACACAAGUCAAUUCAGACGCUCUCAAACCCCGGAUGCACUAUUAUUGCACCCCCCCACAGGAAUACUCUUUACUUCUUGGACGGAAUGCAACUGUGCUGUUUGAAACUUACGGGCCUAUAUGUAAAGCAUAUGACGAACAAUGCGCGCACUCGAAACAUCGACCACGAAUCACAGAGCCCGAAACAAAUGAUGUGCACCGGACGAGUUUCGUGACGUUUGACGAAGGUCAGAGUCUUGUCUCUGAUGGAAUAACCCAAACGGCCCGCACGAAGGGAAGCAUAGCCCUCCGUUUGUUCGAAGUUACAAGGUUACUGCUGCGAGAAAUGUUGGCUAAUCCACUGGCAAUCUCGGCGCUGAUUCGUCAUCGAGAACAGUGGAACAUUGAGCCAAGUUUCAACUGCCGCCGGCUUGCCAUACAGUUAGUUCACUUGAGAAGUUUGACCAGGAAUGAUUUGCUCACGACACCAAAGGCGAGAGCCAAACGGGACGAUUUCCUUGAACGUCUGCGACGCCGCGAUCUUGAGCAGCGGAAAACAAUCGAGGAACUAACGAGCCAGUAUAAAGCAUUGCAAGAAACCCAGCGUUUGCAGCUGAUUGAACGAAUGGAACGCGUGCGCGAAAUUCAAGCCAAAAUACGAGACAUUCAGGAACAAACGCAGAAUCAACUACGCGAGCUGAAGCAACAGCACGACAACGAGAGACGAGUUGCCAAACAAAAACAUCACCGUAUGUUUAUUUUGCAAUCUUUUUCUAACACCACUCCUCGAAUCGGGGUUACUUGGGCCGACAAAAUGAUGAGGGAGCAGGAGGCGUGCUUGCAGCAAGCUGCACAACAUCUCACAUGGCUUACGAAACAUAACAUGGAUCAUGAACGUCAUAUCCGCAUGGAAAAAUGGAAAGUGGAAGACACGAUUGCAGCCACGUUAAGUAAAACUGAUACCGAACUGUUCGAAAUGCAGGCUGAAUAUGAUGAACUAGAGGAAGAAGAUCAAAAGGUCAAGGCCGCAUGUGAUGAACUGAUGCGCAAACUUGAACCAUUAAAAGUCCGCGCAGAUGCCGUUCUUGAAGAAAAGCGGUUGGAGGCUGAAAGGCAAGCUGCUGAGUUGGAGGAGCAGGAGAAUAUGAUAAGGGCAGCCACGACCAUCCAAAGUCUCUGGCGUUCUUGGAAGGCCCGAAGGCAAAUCCGAGCAGAGCGACGCAAGAAGAAAGGCAGGAAGCAUUAACCAAUGAAAUAUUUUCGACGUGGUUAUUUAUUAUGUUUACUGCAGCAACCAGCAAGCUCUUCAUCUCAGGCAAGCUCAACAAGAGUCUAAGAAACUCCCAGAAAACCAUACAAAAGCCGGUUAAAUUGAUCAAAGCAUAUAUGUGUUUUGCACAAAAAAUGAAAUCAGUAUACAA